AUGGGAAUUCAAAGAACAGAGCUUAGGACAGGAGUCAAGCCUUUCCAUGGCACAACUCCCAACUCAUCGAUCAUGCCUCUCGGCCAGAUUGAGCUAUCGGUCACAUUUGGCAUGCUCAACAACUUUCGUACAGAAAAGCUGACCUUUGAUGUCACGGAUUUUGAGACAAUGUACAAUGUGAUCUUAGGCCGCCCAAUGCUGGGCAAGUUCAUGGCAGUGGUUCACUGUGCCUACCAAACACUCAAGAUCUCGGGUCCCAAUGGGGGCAUUAUAGUUAAAGGAGAUCAGCACGCAACAGUCAAAUACGAUAAGCAAAGCCUGGAUAUGGUCGAAUACUUCAGUCGAGCAGCCACCACACCUAAGGACGCAAAUUCUAAGCGUCAAAGACACCAAGGUGUCGUCGAGGCCAAAGAUUCUAGGCUCAUAAGUCUUGUUGGUGCUUCAAAAUCCAACGACGCCAAAGGCAAGACCAACGAUGGCGCUAGCAACAAAAAUACUGAUGGUUGUGUCAAGGCAAUACCCCUCGACCCGUCUAAACCAUCCUUGUCAGUUAAUGUUGGGGCCAAUCUUGACCCCAAAUAG